GAGAACUGUCAAACGACCGCGCGCUGUUUGUUUUCCAGAUGCCGGUACACAUUUGGGCUUCGUGCAUCAUUAGCUCAUUUUUAUCGUUAAAUUGCUGUAAAAUCCAUUGGAAAACAGUGUUGAAAUUGAAAAGUUCAAAUCUCGAAUGCUAAGUUAACGAAUACACCCACAAAACAAAUCAGUAAGGACGACGAUGGCCACCGCCUUGGAACCGGUCCCAUCGAAAGAGCUGCAAGGGCGCAAAAUAUGCGUCGAGCGGUUCAUCUACGCCAUCGUGUACAGCGUUGCGGUGCAGUUCGUGCUGCUGACCGUUUUCCUGCUGCUGGUCAACUUCAGUUUGCUUCAUCCGGUGGCGUGGAUUAUGGGUUCCUUCCGGUUGGUGAUCUCCCUGUCUACGUGGAUGUGGAUUUUGCCGUUGGUUAGCGCAGUGAUAGUGCACGGGAUAUUCCUCGCCAAAUCGUACCUGGCCGGGAUCCGGUACUGCCCGACGAGAUUCCAGCAGAUUUAUCGGUCCAGCAUUACCCAAUCCAUCCUGCUGGUGGUCAACUGCGUGGUGGGCUUUCUGACCGCCUGGUUGUACACUCGCUUCCUCCGGGACGAUUACCGCGUCAUGUUCCUACCCAAAGCGGACGGAGGAUCGAUUCUGAACGAAAAGUAUCUAUUCCUGCUACUAGGCGGAACCUUUGCCGGAGUGUACUAUUUCAUCCGGAACCAGUCGGAAAAGUUGAUUCUCAGCUUCCCGGUCAUUCAGCAGCCACGCUACCUGCAGAUUCGAGCCCAUCUCUACAGCGUCAUCUACCGGUCGUUGUUCAAAUCCUUCGUCCCAACGCUGACCUACGUGAGCUUCUACUACACCUUCAACUGCUUCUACUUCCGCUACAAGCUGGCCAACAUGUUCCAGAGUGUAUCGCUGGCCGAUGAAUCAUCCCUGGGGGCUCUUUAUUCGGUUCUGAUGGACGUCCGAUUGAUUCUGUACUGUUGGAUCCUGUCGUCGCAAAUCCUAUCCAACAUGAACCUGAUGCAAGUGCUGUUCCACAUUUUCCUCACGGAAUAUCGAAAAUUUCCCGUUGAGAAGAGCACGCUGGCCAAUGAUUCGCAAGUGACCUUGGUGGAAGCGUUGGCCUGCGAGAAAAUCCCAAUCAUUCAGCAGCUGGCGGCGUUGGAUCUCUUCACAAUCGCUGAGAGUUGCGAUCCGAGUCGUCGAGCUCGCCUCUACGCCCUUUCCGUCCCGGGAGGCCAUCCCUACAAUUGGCGCCUAGUUUCCGGCGAAUGCAUCCGUCUCAUCAAAGACUACACCGGUCAACUGGCAAAAUCGAUCGAAGGUGCAACGCUGAAACCCGUUCCGGAUGUGGCCAAAUUGCGUCCCACCGCUUCGAUGGACGCCGAGAAGCUGCUGAUGAAACAGUACAACGAAAGCUUCGGAAUUCGCAGCCUGUCCACAUCGGCCCUGCCUGCGGAGAGCAACCCAAAGCAACCGGACGUCAUUUGCAAGGCGGUGGACCGCCGUUUGGACGCCCUUCGGGAAUCCAUUAGAAAUAUCCCAGGAAUCUACUACCUCUUCGGGGAGCCAAAAACCGCCAAAACUUGCCACCUACUGGCCACACAGUCCCAGCAGAUCGUUUGGAUCGCCCAGGCGUUGGCAUCUCUGGCGGCGCACUCGAUCCGCGAGGAUCAGUUCGGGGUGGUUCAGAAUGAUCUGCCACUGGUGAUAAGGACGCUGCUGCAGCUCAAACAGGUCGUCGAUAAGGUCGGCUCGAUUCAGCUGGACGUGAAGAAAAUCGACCGGAACUAUGUGGCCCUCAAAGCGGCCACCAAGAGGAGUCUGUACCGGAUUGCGGCGGCUUUUGCGGACUAUCUGAACGAUAUCGUGCUGGAGCCGAACGACGUGAAGGCGCUGCAGGGGUUCGUUAACUAUAGGGAAGCUUGAAAUUGGAAGGUUUUGUGUGUUACAGUUAUUCGUUUCAAUACCAUUAAGUUGAUUAGGUCUUAGCAUCGUGGGAACUUUUCUAUUGGGAUGGAUCGUUAUCACUCAGCUAGAUUAUCAUCGCUAUGAUUGUUCUUGGAGAAGGCUUAGUUUUUAGAGUUUUCAAAGUUUGUACGAUGCUGGGAUUCAAUCAUUCAAAUCAACUGCCACCCAGACUCAUUAUUUGUAAAUGAAUUGAUUGAAAAAAGUA